AUGUCUGACUUGAGCUCUCGCCCGCCAGUGCCCGACAACUGGGACGCCUCACAGAUCCCGUCGCAACAGGGGAGAGUGGCUAUCGUCACGGGCGCCAACUCCGGAAUCGGAUACGAGACUGCUCUGGAGCUCGCUCGCAAGGGAGCUCACGUGGUUCUGGCUUGUCGAAGCGAAGAUCGUGGUCGCGAAGCCGAGACCAAACUACGUGAGACCUUGUCCUCCACCCCUGAAGCUGGCAAAGUGGAGUUCGUUAAGUUGGACUUGGGCGACCUCAGCAGCGUCAAACAGUUCUCGGAGGACUUCAAGAAGAGCCACGCUCGUCUGGAUCUGCUCAUCAACAAUGCCGGUAUCAUGGGCGGAGCGUGGGGGCUCUCGGCCGAUGGAUACGAGCGGCAGUUCGCUACUAACCACUUGGGCCACUUCGCGCUGACUGCUCAGCUGUUCCCACUGCUGAAGGACAGCACACCGUCGCGUAUCGUGAACGUCAGUAGCAUCGUGCACCGGUCGGCUCCGACGUGGAAUGAGGACGAGAUCAUAACGACCAGUGAGGACAAAUACCGGGAGAUGGACAACUACGGUGUCACCAAGCUCAGCAACAUCCUGUUCACUAACGAACUGGCUCGUCGUAUCAAGUCUGCGGACAUUGAGGGCGUCACUGCGGCCGCGUGUCAUCCCGGUGUCACGGCGACGAACCUGGCGACGGCGUCUACGGUGAACAGCAAGAGUUGGCUGUGGUGGCUGGUGUACAAGAUGACGGACUUGGCUCCACGCCAGAGCUGUCCGAUGGGAGCGCUACCGACGCUGUAUGCUGCUACUGGAAGUGAAGUUGAGGGCGGCGACUUCUUCGGACCCAAACAUCUCAAGACGUUUGGAUACCCUGUGCGGGAGGACCCGUCCGAACAGAGCAAGUCAGAAUCGGGUGCGAAAAAGUUGUGGACACUGAGCGAGAGACUCGCUCAUCUGUCCUUCGACAUCAAGAAGUAG